AUGAAUCCCCUUGGGGGCUGGCAGGAGCAGCGGCGCCGUUCCCCUCCCAGCCUCCAGGGGGCGCAGCUGACCGCGGCGUCCCCUCUGCGCAUGCGCGGGGCGCGGCUCCCGCCCGACCCGCGCCGCCUCCUGAUGACGUCACGCCUCUCCCCCCGCCCCCCUCCCCGCGCCGGGCGCGCUUCAGCCGCCGCGGGAAGGCUGCCGGCCGCCGAUUGGCCGGCCGGGCGGAAGGGGCGGGGCCGCGCCCGCGCGCUGGCCGACGAGGGGGGCUACGGAGUCCUUUUCCGCGGGAAGCCCCCGGGGCAGCCCCCGCUGCGCUUCCGCUUCCCCCCCUCCCCCCUCCACCGCCGCUCUCCGUUAGCCACGCCCCUCGCUGUCGGCCACGCCCCGGCCACGCCCAGCGCCGCCGCCGCCUCUUGCUCAGGUGGAGGCCGCAGCGCAGGAUGCCAGGACCAGGCCUCCCCCAGGCUCUGCUUCUUCCUCUCUGAUCCAAUUAUGUCAGGCCAUGCCCCCUUUGCCAGCCUGCAGCCAAUGGCUGAGCCCCCCCAGGCCCCCUUCAGGGCCCCCCAGUUCCCUCCUAGAGAGCCUAUUGGGAUCCCCAGUGCCUCCCAGUCCCCCCCAUUCAGCCCAGCCUCCCCGCCGCAGGGGCUGGGCCGGGCGCCGCCGGGGGGGUUCCGCGCCGCCGGCAGCGCUCCGCUGCGCAAGCUCUCCGUCGACCUCAUCAAGACCUACAAGCACAUCAACGAGGUUUACUACGCCAAGAAGAAGAGAAGAGCCCAGCAGGGCCCCCCUGAAACCUCGGGGGCGGGGCCAAAGCGGGAGCGGCGCCUCCUGAACGAGGGCUGGGACGACUCCAACCACGACUACAUCGUGCGGGCCGGGGAGCGCUGGCUGGAUCGCUACGAGAUCGACUCCCUCAUCGGCAAGGGAUCCUUUGGACAGGUGGUGAAGGCCUAUGACCACCAGGCCCAGGAGUGGGUGGCCAUCAAGAUCAUCAAGAACAAGGCAGCAUUCCUGAGCCAGGCCCAGAUCGAGCUCAGGCUCCUGCAGCUCAUGAACCAGCACCACACGGAGAUGAAGUACUACAUCGUGCACCUGAAGGGCCACUUCAUGUUCCGCAACCACCUGUGCCUGGCCUUCGAGCUGCUGUCCUACAGCCUGUACGAGCUGCUGCGCAACACCAGCUUCCGGGGCGUGUCCCUGCCGCUCACCCGCAAGUUCGGGCAGCAGCUCUGCGCCGCGCUGCUCUUCCUGGCCGCCCCGGGGCUGCGCAUCAUCCACUGCGACCUCAAGCCCGAGAACAUCCUCCUCUGCCACCCCAAGCGCUCCGCCCUCAAGCUCGUCGACUUCGGCAGCUCCUGCCAGCUGGGCCAGCGGCUCUAUCAGUACAUCCAGAGCCGCUUCUAUCGCUCCCCGGAGGUGCUGCUGGGGCUGCCCUACGACCUGGCCAUCGACAUGUGGUCCCUGGGCUGCAUCCUGGUGGAGAUGCACACCGGGGAGCCCCUCUUCAGCGGGGCCAAUGAGGCGGACCAGAUGAGUCGCAUCGUGGAGGUGCUGGGGCUGCCCCCCCCCCACAUGCUGGAGCAGGCCCCAAAGGCCAGGAAGUACUUCCAGAAGCUGCCUGAAGGGGCCUGGGCCCUGCGCAGGGACAGGGAGAGCAAGAAGCCCUACCACCCCCCCGGGGCCCGGCGGCUGCACGAGGACCUGGUGCAGCGCAUGCUGGAGUACGACCCCCGGGGCCGCAUCUCCCCCUCCCACGCCCUGCAGCACAGCUUCUUCCGGAGGCCCUCCCGGGAGGCCGCCACCAACACCCCCCCGGGCGGCGCCGGCAGCGGCAGCAGCGCCUCCACCAGCCCCGCCCCCGAGCACAGCACCGGCACCGGCAGCUCCCUCUCCAGCUCCGGAGGCUCCAGCAGCUCCUCCGACGCCCGGAGCCACCUCCAUGGCCUCCGCUUCUCCUCGGGGGCCAGCACCAGGACCACCUCCAGGACUACCAGGACCACCACCACCAGCCCUCAGGUACCUCCAGAAACCACCUGCAGUCUUGGGGACCUCCAGCUAUGA